AUGAUAGAGGCCAUUUGCAGGGCUCUAGGGUGUAUUCCCUCCGCAUCGAAAUUGCAUCUUAGCAUGCUAUCACCUAGCUUGUCCUCUGAUAUCCUAUUUUGGAGCCUCUCUGCAGGAUUUCUAGUCUUACUUGUCUUUGCAUAUAGUAUCGUCUACCAGCUUUUCUUCUCACCCCUCGCUUGUUUCCCAGGCCCAAGGCUCUGGGCCAUCUCACGCGUGCCCAAUCAGUGGUCCGUGUUCCGGGGAUACGCCCAUCUAGACGCCACGACUUUACAUGAGAGAUACGGGCCCGUGAUCCGCGUCGGUCCAAAUGAACUUGUGUUUAAUACACCCCGGGCCUUUCGGGAUAUCUAUGGAGCUCGACCGGGAGGUUGUUUCCAGAAAGAUCCGUCGCGUUAUUUGGCCCCGGCGAAUGGCGUCAAUCAUCUCAUUGGUGAGAUAGAUAAUGCCUCGCAUGCUCGUCAGCGCAAGUUACUCGCGCCUGCAUUCUCGGAUCGAGCACUCAGGGAACAAGAACCUCUUAUCACGGGGUAUGUUGAUACGAUGAUUUCUAAGGUGCGGGCGGAGAUUCAAAAAGGGUCUUCGGUUCUUGAUAUUAAGAAUUGGAUGAACUAUACUACGUUUGAUAUCGCCGGUGACUUGAUGUUCGGUGAAUCCUUCGGGUGUCUGAAGGAUAGUCAAUUACACCCGUGGAUUGAUUUGAUAUUCAAGUCUAUUAAAGCGUUGGCGUAUGAUGGUAUGGCGCGGCAGUUCCCCGUCUUUCAUAGCUUGCUUUCUGCACUUAUCCCAAAAGGUGUUAAGCAAAAGGCUGUGGAGCAUUUUGAUCUUGCUGCUCGUCGGGUUGAUCGUCGGUUGGAGACGAAGACAACCCGGUCGGACUUUAUGUCUGCGAUUUUGCAGAAUGGACUGAGUGAAUCGAAAGAGCAGGAUCAUGAUGGGCCGAGGAUGAUGACUCGUGCGGAGAUUCAUUCUAAUGCGUUUAUUUUGAUCGUUGCAGGGAGCGAAACCAGCGCAACACUUUUAUGCGGGUGUAUUUUCUAUCUCUGUACGAACCCUCGCGCUAUGAGCCACGUGGUCAGCGAAAUUCGAUCUGUAUUCCAUUCAGCCGAGGACAUUACAUUCCGCAGCUCUGCUGCACUACCGUAUCUGGCUGCUGUCAUUGAAGAGUCGCUACGCAUGUAUCCACCUUUCGUGACCAGUCUCGCGCGCAUCAUCCCGGCGGGUGGAGCAUCCGUUGAUGGCCACUUCGUACCGGAGGGGACUGUCGUCAGUUGUCACCACUAUGCCUCGUACCGCUCCACCUCCAACUUUGCCCUUCCAAACAAUUUCAUCCCGGAACGGUGGCUAGGGAACAACCCCCGUUUUGACGGGGACAAAAAAGACGUCCUGCAGCCCUUCAGCCUGGGACCGAGAGGUUGUCUCGGAAAGACAUUGGCUUACUGCGAGAUCCGGCUUAUUCUCUGCAAAUUACUUUAUAAUUUCGAUCUCAACCUGUGCCCCGAGAGCGCUGAUUGGGUAAAUCAGAAGGUAUAUUUCCUGUGGGAUAAACCUACGCUUAUGGUUACCUUGCGGGAUCGAUUCUCGGAUUAUAAUGAGGAGAAUGCAUAGAUGGGUUUUCGAGAUUGUGAAUUAGAUCCUGGUCAGACUUGGUCUUCGUGUUUUGAUUUGAUAACUUUUGGUCCCUGAUCACGUUAUUGAUCAUCGUUGCCUAGCGAUUUAUCAGGAGUUUUAGAAAUUCUAUGUGCAUUGUAAUUAGUGGAUGCGUGGUUAGCUUGACGGAUUUCUUUCCCGCUG